AUGGAGAAGAGAAAGUUUAAGCCCUUCAUCCCUGCAGUUAUCACUGGAAACGUGAAGUCGCUGGCGAAUAAAGUGGACGAACUGGAAGCGCUUGUCAGGACACAGAGGGAGUAUAGACAGUCCAGUAUCAUGUGUUUCACAGAAACGUGGCUGCAUGAGAAGAUACCUGACUCAAACGUCGCCAUCCCCGGCUUCCAGACGGUUCGAACCGUCAGAGACACCACCGCGACCGGCAAGAAGAAAGGAGGGGGCCUCGUGUCACCCCGGCACGUCUCUGUUAAAGAGCAGUGGUGUGGGGAGAACCACCUGCAGCUGAACGUGACGAAGACGAAGGAGAUGCUGGUGGACUUCAGGAAGAAGUCUCUGUCCGCCUUGGGAGCGCCCCUGCCACCACGAGGGGUGGAUGGGGGGGAAGGCGAUGCCAUUGCUCGGCUGGUCGAUGAGAAGUUCCAGUGUGUGUUUGAGGGGAUUGCUAAAGCUGGAAACUCAACCCUUCUGAAUGAGAUCUACACAGAGCUCUACAUCACAGAGGGAGGGACUGCAGAGGUCAAUGAUGAACAUGAGGUCAGACAGAUUGAAACAGCAUCCAGGAAACCACACAGACCAGAAACAAUCAUCCGACAAGAAGACCUCUUUAAAGCCUCACCUGGAAGACAUGGACCAAUCAGAAGAGUGAUGACAAAGGGAGUGGCUGGCAUUGGGAAAACAGUCUUAACACAGAAGUUCACUCUGGACUGGGCUGAAGGCAAAGCGAACCAGGACAUCCUCUUCAUAUUUCCAUUGACUUUCAGAGAGCUGAAUGUGGUAAAAGAGAGAAAGUUCAGCUUGGUGGAACUUGUUCAUCACUUCUUCACUGAAACCAAAAAAGCAGGAAUCUUCAGCUUUGAAGACUUCCAGGUUGUUUUCAUCUUUGAUGGUCUGGAUGAGUGUCGACUUCCUCUGGACUUCCACAAGACUGAGAUCCUGACUGAUGUUACAGAGUCCACCUCAGUGGAUGUGCUGCUGACAAACCUCAUCAGGGGAAAACUGCUUCCCUCUGCUCGCCUCUGGAUAACCACACGACCUGCAGCAGCCAAUCAGAUCCCUCCUGAGUGUGUUGACAUGGUGACAGAGAUCAGAGGGUUCACUGACCCCCAGAAGGAGGAUUACUUCAGGAAGAGGUUCAGAGAUGAGGAGCAGGCCAGCAGGAUCAUCUCCCACAUCAAGACAUCACGAAGCCUCCACAUCAUGUGUCACAUCCCAGUCUUCUGCUGGAUCACUGCUACAGUUCUGGAGGAUGUGCUGGAAACCAGAGAGGGAGGAGAGCUGCCCAAGACCCUGACUGAGAUGUACAUCUACUUCCUGGUGGUUCAGGCCAAAGUCAAGAAGGUCAAGUAUGAUGGAGGAGCUGAGACAGAUCCACACUGGAGUCCAGAGACCAGCGAGAUGAUUGAGUCUCUGGGAAAACUGGCUUUUGAUCAGCUACUGAAAGGAAACCUGAUCUUCUAUGAAUCAGACCUGACAGAGUGUGGCAUCGAUAUCAGAGCAGCCUCAGUGUACUCAGGAGUGUUCACACAGAUCUUUAAAGAGGAGAGAGGCCUGUACCAGGAGAAGGUGUUCUGCUUCGUCCAUCUGAGUGUUCAGGAGUUUCUGGCUGCAGUCUACAUGAUCCACUGUUACACCAACAGGAAGACAGAGGAGCUGCAGGACUUCCUGGGAGAAAACUACAAUAACUCACCUCUGGAAGAGUUUCUGAACAGAGUUAUGAUUAAAGCCCUGGAGAGUAAAAAUGGUCACCUGGACCUGUUAGUUCGCUUCCUUCAUGGCCUCUCUGUGGAGUCCAACCAGAGACUCUUAGGAGGUCUGCUGGGUCAGAGAAAGAACAGUCCAGAAAUCAUCCAGAGAACCAUCAACAACCUGAAGAAGAUGAACACCGAUAAAAUGUCUCCUGACAGAAGCAUCAACAUUUUCCACUGUCUGAUGGAGAUGAAUGACCUCUCAGUUCAUCAGGAGAUCCAAGAGUUCCUGAAGUCAGAGAAAAGAUCAGAGAAGAAACUCUCUGAGAUGCACUGCUCAGCUCUGGCCUACAUGCUGCAGAUGUCAGAGGAGGUUCUGGAUGAGUUGAACCUGGAUCAGUACAACACAACAUGGGAGGGACGACGGAGACUGAUCCCAGCUGUGAGGAACUGCAGAAAAGCUCGACUUUAUAAUUGUGGACUCUCAGAGAGGGACUGUGAAGUUGUGGCCUCAGCUCUGAAGUCCAACCCCUCCCAUCUGAAACAUCUGGACCUGAGUGACAACAGCCUGAAGGAUUCAGGAGUGAAGCAUCUGUCUGCUGGACUGGAGAGUCCAAACUGCAAACUGGAGACUCUGAGAUUGAGGAGAUGCAGUUUGUCAGAGAUCAGCUGUGAUUCUCUGGGACCAGCUCUGAAGUCCAACCCCUCCCAUCUGAAACAUCUGGAGCUGAGCAACAACAACCUGAAGGAUUCAGAUCUUAAACAGCUGUGUGGUUUUCUGGAGAGUCCAGACUGUAGACUGGAGACUCUGGAGUUGGAGAGCAGCAGUUUGUCUGAGAUUAGCUGUGAUUCUCUGGUCUCAGCUCUGAAGUCCAACCCCUCCCAUCUGAAACAUCUGGACCUGAGUUACAACAAGCUGAAGGAUUCAGGAGUGAAGCAGCUGUGUGGUUUUCUGGAGAGUCCAGACUCAAAACUGGAGACUCUGAGAUUGACUGAAUGCAGUUUGUCAGAGAUCAGCUGUGAUUCUCUGGUCUCAGCUCUGAAGUCCAACCCCUCCCAUCUGAAACAUCUGGAGCUGAGUUACAACAACCUGAAGGAUUCAGGAGUGAAGCAGCUGUGUGGUUUUCUGGAGAGUCCAGACUGUAGACUGGAGACUCUGAGGUUGUGGAGAUGCAGUUUGUCAGAGAUCAGCUGUGAUUCUCUGGUCUCAUCUCUGAAGUCCAACCCCUCCCAUCUGAAACAUCUGGACCUGAGAAUCAACAACCUGAAGGGUUCAGGAGUGAAGCAGCUUCUUGAUCUUGUGGAGAGUCCAGAUUAUAAACUGGAGACUCUGAGGUGA